UACUCUAGGUCAAAAUAUAGUCCAUACUCCAUAGUCCUUAUCUGUUUGCUGAUUGACAAGUUUGAAUCAUGAAAAGCUUUCGUUUACUUCGUAAGUGCAAAUCUAUAACCAGCUGUAAACCACAUAAGAGCGCUAUAGGAGAUGACAGAGCCAUUGUCAAUGGAUUUAGAAGAUACAGCAGUGCCUCCCUUUCCGGUAAGCUACAAUGGAGCUAUGCACAGGGUCCCGGGAAAACCCCCCUCCUGGGGACCACCAUCGGUCAUCUUCUACAGCAACAAGCAGAAACUCAACCGGACAAAACUGCAGUAGUGUUCACAGCCUCAGGGGACCGCCUGUCCUUCUCAGAACUCCUGGAUAAGGCUGAUCAGUUGGCUGCCGGAUUAUUAUCACUGGGAGUAAAAAAAGGAGACAGAGUGGGAGUUUGGGGACCCAACACUAUAGAAUGGGUCAUCGCACAGUAUGCUACAGCCAGAGCUGGGAUCAUUCAGGCUAACAUUAAUCCACAGUACAGACCAGAAGAAGUGGAGUUCACACUGAAUAAAGUUGGCUGUAAGGUCUUAAUAGCAGCUGAAGAGUUCAAAGGUCAAAACUACUAUGAAAUGCUGUUCCACUUAGUGCCAGAAUUAGCUAACACCAAAUCAGCACACAUCCAAAGUCAUCUCCUUCCUGAACUGAAACACAUAAUCAUGAUGGGAAAUAAAUCACAUAUGGGAACAAUAAAUUUUAAUGACAUCAUGAAGGCAGGAACUACAAAAGAUCGAACAGAAAUUCAAAAUCUUCAGAAUAGGCUUCAGUUUGAUGAACCAAUUAACAUCCAGUUCACAUCAGGAACAACAGGAAACCCUAAAGGAGUCACUCUCUCUCAUCACAACAUUGUCAACAACAGUUAUUUUGUAGCACAGCGUCUGAAUUACCAUACCAACAAGACCCCUAUCUGUAUCCCUGUUCCCCUGUACCACUGUUUUGGGAUGGUAUUAGGCAGUCUUUGUACUGUGACAGCUGGCGCAACCUGUGUGUAUCCAUCUUCUACCUUUGAUGCCGGAAAAACCCUAAAAGCUGCAGCACAAGAAAGAUGUACCUCAAUGUAUGGAGUUCCCACGAUGUUUAUUGACAUGCUCAAUCACCAUGAUUUUGACUCCUUUGACCUUUCCUCUCUGUACACUGGGGUCAUGGCCGGGUCACCUUGUCCCAUCGAAACACUGAAGCAGGUCAUCAGUCGGAUGAACAUGGACCGAGUCACGGUAUGCUAUGGGAUGACAGAGGCAAGUCCAGUUACACAUCAGAGCUUCCCAACAGAUCCUGCAGAAAAACGGGUUGCCACUGUUGGUAAACCUCACAGUCAUGUUGAGUGUAAAGUGAUAGCAGAGAAUGGGGAGAUCUGUCCUAUAGGUACUCCUGGUGAGCUGUGUACUCGGGGAUACAACACAAUGCUUUAUUACUGGGAUGAACCAACCAAAACAAAAGAAGCAAUCAGCUUAGAUAGAUGGUACCAUACAGGAGAUAUUGCACAGAUGGACGAAGAUGGUUUCUGUAAAAUUGUUGGUAGGAUUAAAGAUAUGAUCAUCAGAGGUGGGGAAAAUGUUUAUCCAACUGAAAUAGAACAGUUGAUUUACAAGCAUCCAAAGGUCAAAGAUGUACAGGUGGUUGGGGUACCAGAUGAAAGACUCGGGGAAGAGAUAUGUGCCUGGAUACAAGUUAAGGAGAACCAAUCAAUUUCUGAAGAGGAAAUCAAGUCCUACUGUAAAGAAAAGCUAGCCAGAUAUAAGGUUCCCAAAUAUAUAUCUAUUGUGACAGAAUUUCCACUGACUGUGACAGGCAAGGUUCAGAAAUAUAAAAUCCAGGAGAUUGCUACAGAGGCUUUAGGACUUAAACAUGUCACUCCAAAGUAGACCAACAGAUAGCUAAUACACCCGACAAUCAGUGUUAACGGAAGAUGUGAAGGAAUGCAUGGUUCACUGUACUGAAUCUUUCCUAAUUCAGCUCACAACAAUCAUAUUAUCAGUCUUAUUUCUAUUGAAAACUAAAUAUUGAAGUAUUAUGACAAAAAAAUCUAGUGAUAUAUUGUAACAAUAUGUAUGAUUUUUAUGUCUUGUAUGCAAGUUGUUGUACAGUAAUCGUUAUAGUUAUAUUCAUUUUAAUUUUCUAUUUAUUGAUGAUUAAUUUUAUGUAUCUAUAAACGUCAUUUAAUUUUAUGUAUCUAUAAACGUCAUGAUGGAUGAUGAUUUUAUUAGUAGCAAUUUAUCUAGGAAGAAACAUGCGUCUUAGUGUUUUAAAUAUUAAUAUUCAUAUUAUGUAAUACACUGUAUAUAUUUCAAAAUACAAGUGUUUUAGGUGGUAUGAUGAGACACCCUUGAAAUUGAUUUUAUGAAAUAUUUUCUCAAAUUCUCAAAAUAAUGGCUUAAUAUAAUGUUAAAGUAAAUUUCAAUCAAUUAUCUAUAUUAUCUUCAGAAAAAAAAAAUAUCAUACCACUACCUAUCAAUUAAUUUGUCGAGGCAGAAAAACAUAGCUACGACAUAUUUUGAUGAUUUUAAAACCUACAUUUAAAUGGUGCUAAUUUACAUUUUGUGCAAUUUAGCCUUCUAACAUUUAAAACUUGUGCUCCUUGCAUAAUGGUGUAUUCUUACUAAAAAUUAAUUAAAGCUGUAUAACAAAAUAUUAUAUUAUCACAUCCACUCAUUCAGUGCACGAGUGAACCACAGGCACCUGAUGUUGUUAGCUCACCUAAGCUGAAGGCUGAUGUGAGCUUUUCUAAUCAAACUGUUUUGAUUGUCUGUUGUCGUAAACUUUUCACAUUUUUAUCAUCUUCUCCAGAACUACAGGAGAUUAAAACCAAAUUGGCACUUGGUACUGAGGCAACACACAUUGAAAAAAUUAUGCACUUUGAAUUUGGGACCAAUCAACCCACUUUGAAAUUUUUUUCGAAGUAGGUAAAAUUUUGGGCCAAUUUAUUGCUCUUUGAAAUUAUUUUCAAAGUACGUUAUGAGGGUACAUCAAGUACUCUCGUAAAAUAAGAAUCUACCGUACUACAAAUAUGCAGAUAUAUGCUAAUUCAAAUGUAUUCGUCAAGUCGACAAACAUUAUUUUAGUCAUUGGUUUGUGAUUUAGCAAAAAAUCAAAGGCAAAAUAUCAAGUCAAUAUUGUUCCAAACAAAAAGUUUUCCUAAGAAAUCAUAUCAAAAUCACUUAAAAAUCAUAUAAAACUCUCAAAUUCAUGGUUUUGCUUCAUGAUUUAGACAUGAUCCAUUUAAUGAAACAUACCCAAAUCAUAGGUGACAAAUGAGGAAGUAUGAUCCUAUUGUGGUUUGUUUCUUGGUUUUGAAUCUGUUAUGAUUUUCUUGUGAUUCUGGUAUGUGCUAUCAUCUUAGAAGGCAACAGAGGAUGCGUUUGAAAUGAUUCGUUAACUGCCAGAUAAACUGACCACUAAGAAUUAAGAUUUCUGCAUAACAGGAAGUUGAGUUGGAAAUUUUGAAUGUUCAUCUUGGAGCCUAAAUGUGAUGUACUUGUCAGGAAAAUGUGUUAUUGUUGGGCAUCUAGCUCUAUCUUGGCAUAUUUAUAAAGUGAAUUUAUGGAAGUAUUUUCGGGGAAUAUAUUCUUAUUCACUUGAGGUAAAUUAUAAUUUAUUAGGACUAAUUUACAAUACACUAUUAAGUGAUUUAUUAAUUGAAGCAAACAACUAAUGCAUGAAUGUAAAUGUAUCAUUAGUUCAGACCGGGAGCUACAGAUCUGCAGUUAGGUUUUGAAAUGCAUAUGUAAUAUUUUAAUUUGAACAAUUCAUGUAAUAAUUGCUAGAGGAGUUUGAAAUAACAGUAUAAUUAUCAUCUAAAUUAUGGAGGGCUUUGUUCCUGUGUUCUAAUUCAGAUUAUAUUGGCUUAACGAUACAGUUCAUGUGAUUUAUAUGUAUACUAUUUUUCAUAUUUGGUAAUUGACAAUGUAUUUCAAAUAUUAAAAGAAUAAAAUAAUC